AUGGAAGGGUUGCAAAAUUUGUGGAGUAAUCUACGACUAAGUGAGGAGGAGGAUGCAUCAAUUAUAUUGGAGGAGGUGGAUGUUUCAAUGGUGAAGAGUAAGGGUGAUCUGAGUUUGAUAGGGAAAAUAUGGUGUGAUAGACAGCUGGGGAAGCAGGUGGUGGAGUCGACUAUGGCAAGAAUCUGGAGGCUUAGCAAACCUGCUGUGUUGAAGGAAGUUGGUAGGAAUGUUUUUGUGCUGAGUUUUGCAACUCACGCUAAUAAGGAAAGAGUUGAAGCAGGAAGGCCAUGGUUUUUUGAUGGCCAAUUAUUUGUGAUUAUCCCAUUUGAUGGCAAUACUCCAUUACAGGCUUUGAAGUUUGAUGCUGCUCCUUUCUGGAUGCAAUUCCAUAACCUUCCUUUAUUUGGUAUGAAUAAGGAGUAUGGUGUCAAGUUGGGUGGAUCUAUUGGCAAUGUUUUGGAUGUGGAUGUUGAUAAUGAUGAGGUUGGAUGA